UUUAGAUAAACCUCAUAUUCUUUUGUGAAGAAAUGAGAAAAUUAAGUUUUGCCUCCUUUUUACAGAGAGUUGCUGCCAUUUUGCAAAGGAACAUUUAUAUCUCAGGAAUUGAGCUCUAAAAGCCUUUGUCACAUGAAGAAUCUAGCCACCAAAGAAACGUUCAACAUCAUCAACCUGGACAAAAAUAAUGUGGCUGAUUUAAUCAAGGAACAUUUACCACAUGACUGGAAAAAUGAACAUGACCCUGUGGUAUGGGACCUAGGUAAUCCAGAGCAUCCUCCAAGGGGUUGGUUAAUAGAGUUUUGGAAAUAUUUGAGUUCCCACUGGGAGGAGUUGGGCCACUUUGUUAACCUGCCAUUAUUACCUGUGGAAUCUGAAAGCCACUCUGAAUAUGUGUUGUUGGCAAAGCUACAGGAAAAACCAACUCUGGUGUUUCAGCAAAACAAACACGGCAACCUGUCUGAACAUAUUCAGAAUGUAGUAAAGAAGGUUGGGGGAACUGUAAUACAUCGGGACGAGUGUCUCAAACAUCAUGAUAUAGAAACCUUUGUUCUUCCACCAUCACCAAAAAGCCUGCUGAAGGUCUUCUUAAACCUGAGCAGUGAUCAGGUCAUCAGAGGAAUCCAAUGUGCAUCUUGUACUGAAAAAGAGGAAAUCAAAUCCUUCCUCUCUUCCUUGGAUUCCCUCUCAGAUGAAGAGCAAAGCAUAGUCUCUAAAAUGCAUUUAUUCCAGUUGAUGACUGGCGAGUAUGUAUGGGCUAAAUCAAAGCAUGCAGUGGUUUUAAACACCUCACCGACCAUUCCCUCUGACCUCCCCAUUCCUAAUUCUGUGGUCCAGUGUGCUACUGAGGCAGAUCGCAGACUUUUGUCAAUGCUCAAGACUGAAUUCUUUGACACAGCACAGCUGGCCCUUCAUUUGGUAAAUUGCAUUGAGACAGGCUCUUUUAAUCAAGAGAAUGAAAAGAAAACAAUGAUCUGGAUAUUACAACAUGGCGUCGCCCUCUUUUCUCAAAAUGUGAUGUUACACAAGAAAUGCAAAGAUCUGCCCUUUAUUGAAAUAGAUGGAGAGUGCCAGAAAGCCAAAGCUUCAAGUGUUUUUGAUCCCAGCAAUGAAACCUUCAAAAAACUCUUUGAGCCAAACUUCUUUCCUUCCGCUGACUACGUGAUGACUGAACAGAUGCUCCAGAGCUUACACCAACUUGGAUUACAGUCAGAAGAGAAGGACAUAUCUCCUGACAAUGUGCUGGAUAUUGUCACAAAUCUUGCACAACUCCACACGUGUUCUCAGGAAGAAGCCUGUAGGAAAACAGAUGUCCUUCUCAGAGUGUUGAAUGAGAAUGAUAUCGUUUCCAAAUUCUCUCCUAGGCAGCUAGAGCAACUACAGGAGAUAGAAUGGAUUCCUUGUGAGAAUCCAUACACUGUGACAGAAGACCUCAAGGUGACAGUGGAAAAAAGAGGUUUCUAUAAGCCAUGUGAAAUUAGGCAUUCAAAGUACCGUACUGUUGUUGGGCAUGUUAUGCCACUUGUUACGGAGCUAAAUGAAAAAGUCUGCAAACAACUGGGACUACUGAGUCCACCACCAGCUAAGAAAGUCAUGGAGAAUCUAUAUGUACUAAAUGCAAUGUCACAAACCACACUUGGCCUUGACAAAGAUGUCCAAUUUAAAGCAAUAUUGCAUGACACCUAUACGUUUAUGCAAGACAAUAUUGGGCAUUUUAGGGAAGUACUAAAGAAGAAUUCUGUACCUUGGCUCUGGAUUGACAAUCAUUUUGUCUUGCCUUGUGAUGUGGUUUUGGCCUAUCCAUGUGGAUUAGAUCUGAGUUCUUACAUUGAGAAGGUUCCAGAGGAAUACUCACCAUAUCAAGUCUUACUAAAAGAGUUUGGAGUGAAGUUAAGCCUUUCAGAAGAUGAGAUUGAGAACAUACUCCAUGAUGUCAAAGAAAGAAUUGAUGAAAGAAAUCCACCUAAUGGAGAUGCCUCGGAGUUGAGAGUGUCCAUAAAUAUUCUGAACUGGAUGCGUAAAGAGAAUAAACCUGCGAAAGAUGAUACUCCAAUACCAGUCAUGACAGAGAAUCAAAAAUUUACUCUGCAGCCUGCCUCCAAGACCAUCUUCUGUGACAUUACCAAAGAGGGUUUGACAGACUUGAAGGAAGACCAUGAAGAUUUUCAUGUCAUCCACGAAGAGAUAUGUCUUGCAACAGCAGAGUGGCUUAAAAUUCCCUUCCUUAGCACCCGUAUUCUAAACCCAGAAUUCAUUGGAAUAGAGCAGUGUGGGCAGACAGAGCCCAUAACUCAGAGGAUUAAAAACAUUCUGAAGGAGUAUGAUGAGGACAGCGACAUAUUCAAAGAGCUCCUGCAAAAUGCUGAGGAUGCUGGUGCUAGAACUUGCAGAUUUAUGGUUGACUUCAGGAAACACACAGACUCUCCUGAAAGUCUUAUUGACAGUGGCAUGUCCCUGUGUAGUGGCCCUUGCCUUUGGAUAUUCAAUGAUGAACUCUUUUCAGAUGAAGACUGGAACAAUAUCACCAAAGUGGGAUCUGCUUCAAAAGAAAACAAAGUCGAGAAAAUUGGAAAAUUUGGGUUAGGAUUUAAUGCUGUCUACCAUGUCACUGAUAUUCCCUCUAUCUUAAGUGGGGAAAAGCUUCUGAUUUUUGACCCCAAUGUGUCACACCUAAAAAAGCAUAUUCAAAGUAAAGGAAAUCCUGGAAUCAGACUUAACUUAUUUCACGAACGACUUUUUCGAAGGUUUCCAGGGCAAUUCAGAUCAUACGAGGGAAUAUUUGAUUGUCAUUUCUCUGAGAAGAGUACAGAGAAAUUUUACAAUGGCACAUUAAUGAAAUUGCCCUUUCGCACACCAGAGGAAUCCAGAAUGUCUGAAAUCUGCACAAAAGUCUAUGACACACAUCACAUUAUGGAUUUUCAACAAUACAUGACUGAGAAUGGUCAAACUUAUUUGCUAUUUCUGAGAAAUAUAGAGCAUAUCUCUCUUCAGAUUUUGCCAGAUAAUGCUACUACACCCCCAACAAACGAUCAAACCAAGACACUUGUUCAAAUCACAAGAAAAAUUGUGGACAUAAUUGGAAUCACUGAUGAAAUUCCUCUGAAAGACAUGCAAAUGUAUUCUUUAGCAUGUUUGAUGCAAUAUGAUGCAAACUGUGCUGGUGUAAUUGAUAGUUCUACAGCAAGCAUUACUGAAAUAAUUCAACACGACGUUGCUGGUCCUGAUGUCCAUUACUGGCUUCUUUAUUCUUGUUUUGGGACCCAUGAUUCACUAAGAAUAGUCCAAGAGAACAAUGAGCAGAACAUAUUCUCUUUGCCAGUUGGGGGUAUAGCAGUGCCUUUGAAACAACAACCUCAGACUGGAAACUGGGCAGUCAAGAAGAGCAGCUUAGUUGGACAAGCAUUCAGUUUCCUGCCUCUGUCCAUUCAAACGGGCCUUCCUGUUAAUAUAAAUGGUUCGUUUGCUGUGAUGUCAAACCGAAAAAGUCUGUGGGAGACUGGAGUGAAGGCACAAUGGAACACAGCCCUACUGAAGGAUGCUGUGGCAAAUGCCUACAUGACCACCCUUCUUAUCUUGAAGGAACUGUCAGAAAAUGGAAGCCUUUCAGAUUAUCCCUAUUACACAUUCUGGCCAGAUAAAGAGAAAGUAGGCAAAGCAUUUCAACCACUAGUUGAUGCCUUCUACUCUGCUAUCGUGCAUGGAUUUUGUAAUGAAGAUCUUAAACUUUUCAGUGAUGGCAAGAAUUGGUGCUCAGUUAAGAAUGUGAGGUUUCUGGACCCACAAAUAGCAAAGCAUAAGGAGAUUGGCAAACUUGCAGAGAAAAUCUUUCUGAGCCAUCAAAACCCAGGAUACUGUGCUGUUACACUUCCUUUGUUUGUGAGGGAAAGCAUGAUAAGAAGUGGCUUCAGAGACAUUGUGUUGGCAAGAACAAUCAGUUGGACUGAAUUUUACCAGGAAGUGGUGUUCAGUAAUUUGGAUGCUCUGGAAUCCCAUGAAAGAAAUGCAAUGAUUCUCAGCGGCAUUGACCUCAAUGAUGAUGAAGUUGAUGAGCUACUGAAAGCGCAUUGCUGCCUCCCUUCACAGGGAAGUGGUGAACUGCAGUACAUUAGGAGAGUAGUGUACCCUUCAGGGAAAGUGGCCUGUCUGUAUGAUCAAGAGGAAGGAAGGUUUCUUGAUGGUACCAGAGAUGACUUCUGUUCCCCCAAAAGAAUCCAAAGGCUGUUGGCAUUAGGAAUGCUAAGUGAUCACCUACCUUUAGAGGAUUUGGCAGAGAGAGCAGGCACUAUCUCAAAAGUCUGGGAAAAGGAUCAAUUGAAAGCAAGAAAGCGGCUUCAAUGCAUGUUUGAUUUGAUGCAGGAGUUAUUAGUUGAAAAACAUAUUAAACAUACAAAAACAUCUCAUCUGUGGCGCACACUGCAAAACAUACCGCUCAUCCCAGCCUGUCCACCAUUGACCAUGGAACUACCGAGUCAUGUGAUGCAUCUGCUAAAAAAGCCCUGUCAGGUUUAUAACAUCAAUUGCCAUUAUUUGGUUAACAUGACAGAAUUCACAGUAGAUCAUAGAAUCCUUAAGAUACACGCUGAUAACUCAGUCCUUGAGAAACUGGGUGUGCGUCAAACACCACCACUUGAGACAGUGCUAAGGCAAUUAGAGGAAGCAUCUAGAUGUGAUGUACGUGAUCAGUCUGUGUUACGCAGAAUAGCAUAUGAGAGCUAUGAGUACUUGAAUAAUUGGCUGAAUAAUCAUCAAGAUCCAACCUCCAUCGCUGAAAGUGCAAACUCCUUUCCCUUUAUCUUUGUUGAGGACACAUUUGUACAUGUGAGAUCAGUGGCGGAAAGGCAAGAGUUUGAAGUUAAGCCUUACCUCUAUGUGCUUCCACAUUACUUUUCCAAGUUCCGCACACUUUGGGAAUGUAUUGGAAUGCAAGAUAAAUUCACACCUCAGCAGUUUGUUGACGUCUUGCAGCGCAUGGCACAGAGGUAUGGAACAAAACCUCUUUCCCACUCAGAUCUUAAUAUCUGUCUGGACAUACUUUCAAAAGGACUUCUGAAGACUAAAAAUGCAACCCCACAGAACUGUCUUGUUCCUGAUGAAAACUCAGUGCUAAGACCCAUCUCUAAUCUUUGUUACAAUGACAGCCCAUGGAUGCCAGUGUCAGAUGAUGUCACUCUGUGUCACAAACUAAUAUCAAGGGAAAUUGCAUGCCAUUUUGGUGUUAGGACAACAAGACACCACACACUACAAAACCAUUUAGUUGAUAGCUUUUCACCUUAUAAUUUGAAAGAAUUAGAAUUUGGACAACAUGAAAAGCUGACAGUGCGAAUAAAAAACAUCAUAAAUGCAUAUCCUUCCAAGAAAGACAUCAUUAAGGAGCUCAUUCAAAAUGCAGAUGAUGCUGAAGCAACAGAAAUACGCUUCAUUUGGGAUAGAAGGAAACAUGGCACAGUGAAAACAUUUGGGAAGAAAUGGGAUUCUCUUCAAGGUCCAGCUCUGUGUGUGUACAACAACAAGGUGUUUACUGAUGCAGACUUGGAAGGCAUCCAGCAGCUGGGGGAAGGUGGAAAACAUGGACAGUAUGGAAAGACAGGAAGAUAUGGUCUUGGAUUCAACUCUGUUUAUCAUCUCACUGAUUGCCCAGCUAUUUUAACAGGAGACAAGUGGCUUUGCAUAUCUGACCCUCAUGUUAAAUAUUCAGAAUCAGCAACCCGGCAGAGACCAGGGUGCAAGUACUUAUUAGAUGAAGAAUUUAAGAAUUCAUUCAUGGAUGUUUAUCAGACAUUUCUACCAUCAGAUUUCAGCCUCGAGUCUGGAACAAUGUUCAGGCUUCCACUUCGAACAGAGGAAAUGGCAGCUAAAUCUGAAAUAUGCAACAAUCACAUCAGAGAACAUGACAUUACAGAAUUUUUGCAAGUGUUUUUUGAAGACCCAGAUGGCUUGACCCUCUUCUUAAAACAUAUCAAGAAAAUAGCAUUCCAUAUUAUCAGCCCCGACUCAGGCACUCUGCGUAAUGCAUUUGUGAUUGAAAAGCAACUAUCCGAGGAAAGCAGCAUGAAGAGAGCACAAUUCCAAAAUCAAGUUCAACAUUCUCUUGUGUCCAGACAGACUGUACCCUGCCAGGUCAUAUAUGAUAUGCAGAUUUCUUCAUCAUUUUCAAAUAUCCAAAGGACAUGUAGUCAAUGGGUAAUUGCAGAACAGUUUGGCUCUCUUGGAUCCACCUCUGUCAAAACGAAUAGGUGUUCACAAACCCCACAGGCAGCUGUGGCAGCACGUAUAGGAGAGAAGCCCUCUGAGCAUGACUUCAUGGGAAGGGUAUUCUGCUCCCUACCUUUGCCUGGGGUAACUGGUCUGCCAGUUCAUGUCAAUGGGAAUUUUGAAGUUGACUCCUCUAGAAGGGACCUAUGGAAAGAAGAUGGGGUGAGUCUAAAGACUACGUGGAACGAGUCUCUCAAACUGGACGUUAUUUCACCCCUGUACGCCGAUCUGUUGAAGCAUAUACAAACAACCCUGGAAACAGGAGAUCAUCUGACAGUAUCCUCUUUAGGAUCAUGGCUAGAUUCUUCAUAUCUGACCUUUUUCCCAUCUGUCUCAAAAGAUGUUGCUAAGGAAUGGCACACAAUGAUCCAUCAUGUGUACAAGUCAAUAAGUGAAAGAGAUCUCUCAGUGAUUCCUGUUUUACAGACCUUCCAACCAGUGAUGGCAAAUCAGACAACAGAGACAUACACAGUCAGCUGGUCAAAUGUUUGCAAACACAAUCCAAUGGAUUCUCCUCAUUUUAGUGGCAUGUUACAAGCAAGCCUUUUUGAUAUUUUAGAGGACAUUGGAAUGAAUGUGGUUCCUUGGUCUCGAAAGAUGAAUCAAAUCUACACAGGUUUCAUAACUGCAGAUGUGGAGGCAAUGUGGUUAUGUCCCAAAACAGUGAGGGAAUAUCUGAAGCAAAAACCUCUGAAUGAUGCUCAUGCCUUGCCCUUACCUGUUGAUCACACUCUGAUUAAAGAUAAAAAGCGAUGUUUCAUACUCCUCAACGCCUGUGCAGGGGACAUUGAUGAAAGGAAUAUCAGCUCUUUCGAUGGACUUCCCCUUCUGCUCACUCAAGAUCAGAUGCUGAGGGUUUUUGACCGGAACUCUCCAAGACUGAUGACAAAGUUUUGGAAUAUAUUUCAAGGACAGAAAGCAUUGUUUGUUGAUUAUUCUGUAAAUUGUAAUCACACUAAAGUACUACAAAAUGGAUGCUAUAUUGAGAAACUGACUUUUCCAAUAGCAUCUCAGCUCUUGAAACCAUUACUUGAAGAUGUCAGUCAACAUUCUGAUGGUAAACCACCUGCUUUUCUGAAGAGACUUUGGGAAUUCUUUGAGGAAGAAAUCAGGUCAGAUACCUAUAAGAAUGAAGCUACUGCUUUCAAAGAAUUGAGGAAAGCUUUCAUUGACUAUCCAAUUGUACCCAUCACUUUUCCUAGUCAGCACAAAAAGCAUAGUUUACAGACAAUGAUGAAGUUGUCCUCUGUUGUUUGGGAUCCAAAGGAGAAGAUAUCAUCCAUCCUGGUCCAGUUAGGCCUGGCGACAUUAAACCACUCUUUUUUUGUUGGAUUACCCUAUUUGCAUACAACUCUAAAUUCUGAAGUCCUUCAAACAAGUGAAAUCGCUGCAGUUCUCGACCAACUUUUACAGGUUCCUCACUCCAACAUCAAAAAAAUAGACAGCUAUGAAUUGGACAGCCUUCUGCAUUUUCUCCUAUCUGGAAUUAGUGCUACCAGAGACUCACAAGAAUAUCAGAGAAAGUUGAAGACAUUACCUCUGUUUGAAACAGCACACGGUGAACGGCAGAGCAUCGAAGGGUGUAACAAAGUGUUCAUUCUGAAGACAUGCUUUGAAAUGAUCCCUGAUUUGUACUGUAUUGCUGCAAAUGGACACAUUGUCCUGAAUAACUCUUCUGUCAACCAGAAACUCUCAGUAACCCUGAAAAUAAGUGCCUUAACUGACCUAGAGUUCUAUGUGAAUUUCCUGCUGCCCAUAUUCCACACACUCACAGAAAAACAAGUUAUUGACUCAAUUUUGCUGCUGUUGGUUUUAAAGCAACAUCAAACAUACAAGAAAUACAAGGACCAGAUUGUAGACCAACUAAGACGUGUUAGGUUUAUUAGAGACAUCCAGGGUACUCUUCAAUUGGCCUCCUACUUUUUUGAUGAGAAAGAGCCCCUUUACAAGAUCAUGCUUCCUCAAGAGAAAUUUGUACCACCAACAUUCUGGGAAGCAUUUGACCAUGAGGAAGGAUCAGUAAGACGGCUACUGAAGGAGCUUGGAAUGAAACACAUUGUUUCAGAUGUUGAGAUUAUACGGUUCGCAAACAUGAUUGAGUCAGAAGCACGUGGCAGGACCUCAAUUGAUGAGCUGAAGAAGAAGUCUUCUGCAUUAUUCAUUAAGGCUUUGGAAUACAAUGCCACAAAAAAGGACUCUAACUUGUUGAAAAGGAUUGCAACCAUCAAGUUUGUCUUUCCUUUGAACAUUCAGAAAAAACUGUGUAAUUACCACCAACCGUUUGCUGGUGAAAGAGAUGUGGUUGCAAUCACAGAGUCUUUGAUUGACACAAACUCUGAUCAUCAGUAUCUCAUUUGGUCUUCCACACCAAUUCUACCCACAGACAAACUUAAUCAAUCUUAUCUCAAAGAUUUGGUUAAAGCAGGAGCCUUUCAUCAGCCACCCUGUGAGUUAGUGGCCCAGAACCUGAAAAACAUCUGUCAGUCAGAAUGCCCAAACAUUCAUUUGAGAAACAUCAGAAAAACAGCAUUUUGCCAAUCAUAUGCAUACUUACAAUCAAAGAAUUUCAGGGCAUCUGAGCUUCAAGACCUGCCAGUGGUUCUUGUUGAAAAUGAUGCUAUUCUUGUGCAAGCCAGUCGAGCAGUGCUUAGUCUUGAUAAUGACCUUGAGUUUAGGCCAUAUCUGUAUAAAAUCAGUCCACAGCAUGCACUAUAUGCUGAAUUCUUUGAAGGGAUCGGUGUGAAGGAGAGACCCACAAUAAGGCAGUACAGCAUAGUCCUCAAGGACAUUUAUAUGGACAGCAAAGGAAAGGAAACUCUUAAUGCAAAUCAGCAGUUAACCGUCAAACGUGCUGUGCAGCACUUGUUUAAACUAAUUGCUGAUCAACCAAAACAAAUGCAAUUUCCAAAGCACUUGUAUCUACCAUCAACAGAUGGCAAACUGUACAAAUCCCAAGACCUCUACUUCAAUGAUACUGUCUACCAGACAAAAAGACUGGAAGACUCACUGAAAGACAAAUUCAGACUCCUAAUGAACCUGGGUGACUGUCACCUAGGAGAGGACCCAUAUAAACAUCAGAAGAUGCUGCAGUUGUUGCCUAAAGACAAUCGACCAACAAUGUUGUCUCAUAUCACCUCUGAAAGCCUUGUGGGUUCUAGGAUGAACCUGUGUGAAUAUGGAAAAAGCUGUGAGUUCAGUGGUUGGUUUGAGAAACAUUUAUCCUCCAGUCCAUUUUUACAUGGUCUCACAUGUUUGAUCAGAGAACAAAGUAAAGGUGAUGUGUCUCAAGCUGAUGCUGUUGAACUAUGCCAGAAUACCUUUGGAAGACUUCAAAUAAUUUGCUGUGAAAACCUUGAGACAGAGCUUCUCUUACAUCAUGAGCCACUUGCUCACACCACUUCUGAAACACAAGUGUAUGUGACAAAAGAGCCACAGGGCUGCACAUUCUACCUGAGACACAGUGAUGAUAGGGGCUAUAGGGUAAUGCAUGAGGUGGCUAUGACACUAACCAAAGAAAUCAAUUCCUUGCUGCGGAAUGCUUUACACCCAAACAGUCUUCUGGGUUUGGGUGAGCUUUUGUUAUGUGAUACACAGGAAGAAGUUGAGAAGACACUCGAAAAAUAUGGAAUCCGUAACAGUGCCAUCAAAGUAGGACUUCAUCAUCCAGACCCAGGGAGUCUAAUACCAGAGGAAUGGUAUGAUGUUCUUGACAUGAACUUUAUGAACAAUUAUGAAAGAGGCGAGUAUGUUGGCUUCAAAAAGACAUCAGAGGAUGAACACUAUUACCAUGCAGUGAUUGUUGAGCGUUUGGCUGCAUUGCAUGAAACAGGCCAAUAUUGUUGUAGAUAUAAAAUAGAAAUUGGAAAGGAUGAGUUUGUUGAGGUAAGCUCCCUUGAUCUUUACCAGUUUAAACGUGAAAAAACAUCUGCUUCAAAGCAAAGCGUUUGUAGAACAAUACAGCUGGUGGAUGGACCUGUGCCCUCACCUGAGGAAGACUUCCCGGAGACGUUUGAAGAAAUCAAAAGGGAAAUUGAUAAGUGCCUGACAGAAAUCAGGACUCUGUCGAAAGAUGAGCAAGCCAAAGCCAUCAGACGCCUGUAUCUCCGGUGGCACCCAGACAAAAACCCAGGACAGGAAAAGCUCGCUAAUGAGGCUUUUAGGUACUUAAAAAACAAAAUUAGAGAAUUUGAGGCAAAUGAGACUGUUUCUAAAUCAACUACAAGGAAUUUCAGCAGACAAAAUGAGACUGCACAAUCCCAUUUCCCAUGGAAUUUUGAAAACUUCUACCCUCAGUGGAACACCGAAGCAACACGUCACCGUCAAGGUCGAGAGAGGUCCCACCACAACAGUACCAGACCCCAGAGUGAUUUUUGGGCAUUUCAGCAGGAAAUGCCAAGAUCAGACAAAGUGGAAGCUAAGCGCUGGUAUUUGCAAGCCCAGUGUGACCUUAAUGCUGCCCACAAUGACACAGGGGGAGUGACCACUGAGUGGUGUCUGUUCAAGGUUCAUCAGGCUGUGGAGAAGGCUCUGAUAGCAGUGGAGUACAGACGGAGUGGAAAACCCUCUCCCACCAGCUCCAUCUCUAACCUUGCUAAGAAGGUGUCAGGCUACAGCCCGGAGCUGAACACUUUGCCAGGCCUUGUGAGCCGAUUAAAACGUUUGGGUGUAGAUGGCAAAACAACUCAGUACCCCAACUACCAUGAUCCUCCUAAGAUUCCUAACAAUGCAUUCCAACCUGAAAAUGAAAAAGAGGCUCUUGAUAUCACAUUAGAACUUCUGCAGAAAGUGGAUUCAUAUGUAACAAACUGAUUAAAAAGUAGAGUUCUGUUUGUACUUUUUGUAAUUGUAUUGUUAUUCCUUCUUAAUUUUUAACAUCUUUGAAAUACUUUUUAUGGUUGUAUCAUGAUUCUGAUGUUCACUAUGUUCUUAUAUUCACUAUAUAAUAUAUUACAGACAUGAUUUAUCUGUGUAUGAAUGAAUUAUUACUGAAAAUAUUGUUGCUUAGAAUGACAGUUAGUAGUUAAUCACAAAGAAAAGUUAAGGGAAUGGUGAUUUGUUAUGAUUUAUUCAUCAUUUAUUAUGGUCAUAAUCUAUCUGUGGUUGUGUCUUUCUGAAAAUAUGCCUAGACUAUUAAUGAAUAGUUUAUCGCAUAAAAAAGAAGAGGGAACAUAUUGAAGUUAUACUACUUAAUAAAGUUUGCUUAAUGAAA